GGCGUGCCCGCCUAUGUUUACAUGGCAACGAGUGACUCUCUCUUGUGUGUGAAGUAGUCCUUCAUGGCCCAACAAAGUGUAAGAAGGAGAGUACUGUUUCAAACGUGAUCCUCUCUGACGUCUCAAAGACAAAGCCGGCUUUGGAACACGACGGGACAUUCAAAGAAUACAUUUCUUCCUGAGACAAAGACAUCUGUUCAGAGACUCGUACAGCAAUGCAAUCUACCAGACCGAAUUCCCAACAGAUGGAUGAGUCGGAUUUCUACACCAACUGCAGAGCUGUAUACUUAACGAUGUUCAAAUCUAGUCUGGAAAACAUCACCUCUAAGGAGCAGCUUUGCACAGUCCUUCAGCAGGCUGGGAGAAAUCCAUCUCAGAAAACACUUAAUAAGUAUUGGGGCCCCAAAACGAGCAAACUGAACUUUGAUGAUUUUUGUGAAAUACUAAGGAAAGAAAAACCAACUGGAAGAAGUGAACUGAUGCAAGCAUUUCGAGAGAUUGAUGUAAAUGGUGAUGGAUUCAUAACACACAGCGAACUUUACAAAGUGCUUACCUCUAAAGGUGAAAGGAUGACACGAGAAGAAGUAAAAGCAAUUAUUUCUGCUGCUGAUACGAACAGUGAUGGGAAGCUGGAUUACAAAGAGUUCUGCAAAUUGUUCAUGUCAACAACUGAGGUGUGUCAGAAGAGAGCACUGGAGAGACUGGAGGCUGACAAUAAAAUGAGACGUCAGCAGUUUGGCAGUCAUUCAGAGGGAUUCUCAAAGAGUUCUUUGUCACAUACAGCUAAUCCAUCACUAGGGACAAACCAGCAAGCAGAGAUGGACGUAACGCCAAGGAAAGGGGAGGGGAGAUCUUCCACGCGUCCUUCUUCUGCUCGGAGCCGGAGGGCAUCGGUGUCAUCUACAAUCACUAUGGGAGCAAGUGGUGGCUCAAAAACUGGGAAGUUAUUAAUGCCUAAAUCGGUUCAGGACUGGCACCAUACAGUUUUAAAGGGCUGCUUCUUUUUAGAAGAAGAUGGAGAGAUUUCAAGUCAUCAGUAUAGACUGGAUGUACCCCAGACAUCAACAGUGUGCCUUACUAUAAAGCCCAUCAACCUCAGCCAAGUUGAAGAAAAGCCUUCUUCAUGGAUGUCUGUCGAUACCAUGUUUUUUGUUGUGAAAGAUCAUGAAGAUCUCGAUGAUAUGAGAGUUGCUUGUUUCACAGAGCUACGGGAAAAAGAGAAAUUUGGAUGGAAAGGAGAGCUCAGCUCUGGAGUUUAUUACAUACUACCAUUUACUACUGGCUGCAGAUUAAAGAAGAAGAAAAAAAACAUUAAGGAGCAGGCACAGCUGGUAUACCGAGGAGAAGGGGGCAAGCUGGCACUAACCAAGGAGUUCAGAGCUGCACUCUCAGAUAUUUUUGAAGUUAUUGAUCUGGAUGGUAAUGGCCUCUUAAGUCUGGAAGAGUAUAAUUUCUUUGAACAAAGAACAAGCGGAGAGAAGUGUGAUGAGGAGGCUUGGGCAGUAUGUAAAGAAAAUUUUGAUACCAAGAAGAAUGAACUCACAAGACAGGGAUUCAUGGACCUAAACCUAAUGGAAGCAAUUGAUAGGAACGGUGAUCCAUGUGAUCUCUGGGUCACCCUUGAGUCAAUGGGAUUCAACAGAGCACUGGAGAUGGUUGAGGCUUGUCCUUUUAUCCUUGAUGCCCAUUCAGAAGAGUGUAAGCUCAGACUCAAAGCUGUUAACCUGAAGCAAAGCAGUAAGGUCCUUGAUACGGCGAUCUGCAAAUCAGUGAUGGCCAAAGGAGAAGCUAAGGUUAUGAAGGGCAGCGAAAGUGUGACUAUCUACACCUAUAAAAAUGACUUCAGAAUCACAUCAGUCAUUGCAAACAAGGCUAAUCAGAAGGUAACUAUACAGGUUAACAGUGAGCAAAGCAAGAACUGUCUAAGCAGCAGAGGGAUCAGCAUAUUUGCAGUAGAAGUGCCACCAAGGAGCAACAUGGUUUGCCAACAUGUCCUGCCAGUUAAUGAACGACAAGAAUGGAUAUACAACUGCACUGAAAGCCUUGUUGCCUAAAUCACAUAAGAAUACACUACAGAUUGGAUGUUAUUAAUUACAGAUUAUAUUGUUAUCACUCUCUAUUCACUUAUUACACACAAACACAACUUACGACACGGCACUCAUCAUUAACUAAUGGAAAAUAUUGCUAUUCUUUAUUAUAUUUUUCUAUUGACAUUGUAGAGAAUGUGUGUAACUCGGUGAAGAGUCUCAUUAAAGGUAGGUAGUUAGUUAAUCAGAGUAAUGUUUAAAACAGCUAAGUAAAUGAAAAAAUGUCUCCUCAUUGUUCAUUAAUUUUCAUCCUGGUAUUAUUAUUCACUUUCUAAGCAAUGGUAAAAUUAUGUCUUUAUUAUAGUAAAAGCCCAUUCUAGGAAUAUAAAUAUAGUAUAAUGUUUUCUUAAAUAAUGGUGCACGUAAUGAGCUCCUGCCUCGGUGAAGAAGAAAUGCGUGUAAGAGUCCUAACCAGUGAUGUUCAGAUUUAGUGCUCCUGGACCACUGUACAGGGUGGGCCAUUUAUAUGGAUACACCUUAAUAAAAUGGGAAUGGUU